AAACCUGGCCUGCACGGCCAGCAAGGAAAAUGUCCUGUGGGAUUUUUAGGGUCGUGUCCUCUUCCCUCUGGCUCUGGGGGAUCGCUGCUGCAAGGAGAUGAGACUGAAGUGGCUGAAGUUGGGAACAGUCUCUGCAUGCUGCCACUGAGGGCUGGGCUUUCCUCUCCCAGCCUCUCCCAACACCAGUGCUGGCUCCUGGAGCCUCCUCUCCGGGGAUUUGCCGUAACAGCGGAAGCUGCUGCUUGCUUGCCCAGGACAUGGUGCAGGGUGAAGAGCACAAUUAAAGACGCUGCCACCACUCACUCCACACCCUCCUGAGGACUCCAUGAGGCAGGACACGGGCUGAUGCUCUCACCCCACCAUGGAUGGGGGGAACAGCUUCCCACAGCACCAGCAGCCGGGCGACGCCGUCCGCGGCAUCCCCGGCCUCCGCUCCCAGCUCGCCGUGCCCGACGUGGAGAAUUCCAUGCUGGCCGCCGACUCGUGGAGUAGCUGCUACCCAGGCUCUUUCCCAACCUCAUCUUUCCCAAGUGAAAACCAGCAAUAUUUUAGCCCCCCUCAGGAUUUUUAUAUGGAUUCCAUCAGCAGACAACAUUUCUUGGAUACAAACUAUGCAGCUGUGGACCCCACUGACUUCUUACCAAAAAAUGGGGAUUUUCCUCAGGAUUCUUCAUACCUCGAUGAGCUCUCCAAUAACAACUCCCUGUUCUCGUCCCCUGCGGAUUCCCUCUCGGACAUCGUGGAUGCCAAGGACUUCCUGCCCGCCGACAGCCUGAGCCACGUGCCAACCCUGUGGGAUGUGAGCACACCUCAGCAGAACCAGAUCGAGCUGUUCUCACCCAGCACACCAUUCCCUGGCCUGAACAGCUCCAGUGACCACGUUCCUGCUGUCCCCAACACCCCACUCCUCAUCAGCUACCAGUCUCAGGCUCCUGCAGAGGAGGAAGAUGAAGGUGAGGAGGAGGAAACAGAAGAGUUGGGGCACACAGAGACGUAUGCAGAAUAUAUCCCUUCAAAGUCCAAGAUUGGGAAGCACCAUCCUGACCUGGUGGUUGAGACGAGCACCCUGUCCAGUGUCCCCCCACCUGACAUUACCUACAGCCUUUCCCUGCCCAGCUCCGUGGCUGACAAAGGCUCCCUGUCUGCACUGCAGCUGGAAGCCAUCAUCUACGCCUGCCAGCAACAUGAAGUUUUAUUGCCCAAUGGGCAGCGAGCUGGGUUCCUGAUCGGGGAUGGUGCUGGAGUUGGGAAGGGCAGGACUGUUGCAGGCAUCAUCUUUGAAAAUUAUCUUAAAGGGAGGAAAAAAGCUCUGUGGUUCAGCGUCUCCAAUGAUCUCAAGUACGAUGCUGAGAGGGACCUGAAGGACAUCGAGGCCUCCCACAUUCCUGUGCAUGCUCUGAACAAGAUUAAAUACGGUGACACAGCUACCUCAGAAGGAGUCCUCUUUGCCACCUACUCGGCGCUGAUCGGCGAAAGCCAGGCCGGGGGGCAGCACAGGACGCGCUUAAAACAGAUCCUGGAGUGGUGCAGGGAAAACUUUGAGGGAGUUAUUGUGUUUGAUGAAUGCCACAAAGCCAAAAACGCCAGCUCUACCAAAAUGGGCAAAGCAGUGCUGGACCUGCAGAACAAGCUGCCUCGAGCAAGGGUUGUCUAUGCCAGUGCCACAGGUGCCUCAGAGCCAAAAAACAUGAUUUACAUGAGCCGCCUGGGGAUCUGGGGGGAGGGAACCCCAUUCCGAGCCUUCGAUGAGUUCCUGCACGCCAUUGAGAAGAGGGGCGUCGGCGCGAUGGAGAUCGUGGCCAUGGACAUGAAGGUCAGUGGGAUGUACAUUGCUCGGCAGCUCAGCUUCACUGGGGUCACCUUCAGGAUUGAGGAGAUCCCUCUGGACGAGAAGUACAAGGCUGUGUACGACAAGGCAGCCAAGCUGUGGGCAGAGGCCCUGAUGGUGUUCCAGCAGGCAGCUGACUGCAUCGGGCUGGAGUCCCGCAAGUCCCUGUGGGGGCAGUUCUGGUCGGCUCACCAGCGCUUCUUCAAGUACCUGUGCAUCGCCGCCAAGGUGCGGCGCCUCGUGGAGCUGGCCCGGGAGGAGCUGGCCAGGGACAAGUGCAUUGUCAUCGGCCUGCAGUCCACAGGGGAGGCUCGCACCAGGGAGGUGCUGGAUGAGAACGAUGGGCACCUCAACUGCUUUGUUUCUGCUGCAGAAGGCGUCUUUCUAUCACUAAUUCAGAAGCACUUUCCUUCAAACAAAAGAAAGAGAGAAAAAGGAACUGGCAUUAAAAGAAAACGGCGUCCCAGGGGCCGCUGCCCCAAGGCUCUGCGGGGUCCCUGUGACCAAGGGGUUGUCAUCAAGAUCAGUGAUGACAGCAGCACCGACUCGGACAUGGGGCUGGACAGCGACCUCACCUCGUCCCCAGAGUCCCUGCUGGAGACAGACGAUGUCAUCUUUGUGGAUCACACCUUCAGUGAGGACAGGGGUGGUUUCCACAUGCUGCCUUCUCAGAAAGAGCUGCACAGCCUGAGAGAGCUGAAGGUUGAAAAGAUGAAACAGGACCUCCUAGCAAAAGUGAAGGCACUGGGCCAAGAGCUACCUCUCAACACCUUGGAUCAACUGAUUGAUUAUUUUGGGGGCCCAGAGAAUGUGGCUGAGAUGACGGGCAGGAAGGGACGGGUGGUUCGCAGGCCCGACGGCUCCGUCGUGUUCGAGUCGCGCGCCGAGCAGGGGCUCUCCAUAGACCACGUCAACCUGAAGGAGAAGGAGCGCUUCAUGCAGGGGGAAAAGCUCGUGGCGAUAAUCUCAGAGGCCUCCAGCUCAGGGAUCUCCCUCCAAGCAGACAGACGGGUGAAGAACCAAAAGCGCCGGGUGCACAUGACCCUGGAGCUGCCCUGGAGUGCAGACAGGGCCAUCCAGCAGUUUGGCCGAACUCACCGAUCCAACCAGGUCUCUGCUCCCGAGUACGUGUUCCUCAUCUCAGAGCUGGCAGGGGAGAGGAGGUUUGCAUCCAUCGUGGCAAAACGCCUGGAGAGCCUGGGUGCCCUAACUCACGGGGACCGACGGGCCACCGAGUCCCGAGACCUCAGCAAGUACAACUUCGAGAACAAGUACGGGGCCAAAGCCCUGGACAAGGUCCUGUCCACGAUCCUCAACCACUCUGAGAGCAGAGUUCCUGUGCCCAGGAGCUACGAGAGAGGGGAGGAUGCCUUUUUCCGUGAAAUGAAGCAAGGGCUCAUCUCCGUGGGCAUCUGCUGCAGCCAGAUGAAGUAUGGCACUGUCUCAGUGGAGAAAGACUGCUCCAUCACCAAAUUCCUGAACCGCAUCCUGGGCCUGGAGGUGGACAAGCAGAACAUGCUCUUCCAGUAUUUUUCUGACACCUUUGACUACCUGAUUGAGAAGGACAAGAAGGAGGGCAAAUAUGACAUGGGCAUCCUUGAUUUAGCUCCAGGAGUGGAUGAGAUCUACGAGGAGAGCAAGGAGGUUUUCCUGACCCCGGGGCACCCACAGGAUGGGCAGGUUGUGUUCUACAAGAUCAGCGUUGACAGAGGCUUAAAGUGGGAGGAAGCCUAUGAGAAGUCUCUCAAACUGACAGGAACCUAUGAUGGGUUCUACCUCUCCUACAAGGUGCGAGGCAACAAAUACACCUGUCUGCUGGCAGAGCAGUGCCGUGGGAAGAACUUCAUCCUCUACAAGCCAAACAUUGGGAAGCAAAGCCAGCUUGAGAGCCUGGACAGUCUGCAGAAGAGAUACCGACGGGUGCUGCCCGAGGAGGCCAAGGAGCACUGGGAGAGCAGCUACCACUUCUCCUUGAAGAACUGUAACCACGCCGUGUGGAACAAGAGCUGCAAGCUGAUCCAGGAGGGGAAGGAAUGCUUCCAGGGCAUGCGCCUGAGGCACUAUUACAUGCUGUGUGGGGCCCUGCUGCACGUGUGGAGCAGGAUCGCCGGCGUCAUGGCAGACAUCACCAGCAGCAGCUACCUGCAGAUCGUGCGCCUCAAGACCAAGGAGAAGAAGAAGCAAGUCGGGAUAAAGAUCCCCGAGAGCUGCGUGCACAGGGUGCGGGAGGAGCUGAAGCAGAUGGACGAGGACGUGAAGAGGAAGCAGAGCCGGCUGCUCCAGGCCCAGGAGCAGAGCUCCCCCUUCUCCCUGCCCCUGCACAUCCUGCCGGGGCCAGGGCUGCCCCUGCCCUCCCUGUGCCAUGAUGAGAUCCUGGACUUGACCUACAGCCCUCCCAGCAACAGCAUUCCUGACUUGGUGUUGAACCCAGAGACCAGAGCGCUCUGCUUCUCCUCGGAGCCCCCCCUGCAGCCCCAGCAGCCCCCCCAGCAGCAGCACAGGUUGUCCUUUGGCUUUGGCCACGCUCCUGGCCUGGAGGGCAGCACAGCCCCCGGCCCCUCACUGCACGAGCCCCCUGCCCUGCCUCCCCCAGCCCCCCUGCAGCAGCCACAGGAGGAUUUUCUCCAGCAAGACGGGAAUAUCAAUUUUAGAGAGAUCCUGGAGGACAUGCUGAGGACGUUUAGCGGGCCCUCCCAGGAGAACUUGCUCCCCCCGGAGCGCCAGAGCGUGAUCCAGUUCAGUUCUGGGCCUUUCUCAAACUCCUGAGUGCCAGCUGGGAAUGCUGCUGUGGAUCUGUGUUCUCUGGUGCAAAGGUGAGAGCUGAGGAGCCCUGACUUUUCUGCUGGUUUGGACUGACUCUGCUCUGGUUUUGAGGGAAGAAAGAGCCUGGAGUUUCUUAAAGAGAAUUUUAUUUAUAUCUAAUAUCUAGUCAGGCAUGUGCAGGUUUGUAUGGAACGUGCCCAGGGAGAGCUGAGCAGGUCCUGCUGGGCUGAGGGCUCUGCUGGGUUGAGUCCUGCUCACAGGUCAGUGCUCAGGUGGGAUUGAAGGGAGACCCCUCCUGUGCCCACCCCCUGCAGACUACUGAGUGUCCGAGCCUUCCCCAGCCCUCCAGGCCUGCAGGAGGGGCAUGGCCAGGCUCUGGAAUGACCACAUGCUGGUCACUUAGGGAAGAAUGAGAGUUCAGCCCCCAGCUUGGGCUGCCCCAGCACUGCUGCACACCCUGGGGCUGUGCUGGCAGGCUGGGAUGAAGGGGAAGGGAAUGUUGUCCCAGAGGAGCUGGGAGAUGCUGAGCUCAGGUGUUCUCUGGCAGGGCUGUGCAGGUGCAGUGAGAGAUCCAAAACUGUUUGUGCUGCCCUUGCCAGGAAGGGACCUUGAGCUGCCAGAGCUGGCUGCACCCCACAGACAGAGCUUGAGUCUGGCAGAGCUCAGCCAUGCCAGGAUCAGCAGGAUUCUCCAGAGCAGAAGGGACACGUGUCCCUUUGUCCUGCACUUUAACCUCACCAGGUCGCCGUGACCAGAUGUGCUUUGGCCAGUUUCCUGCUGUCACAUGUUGUCCCUUCACCUGGACAUCUCGCUGGUCCUGCCACUGCCCUGGGCCAGGGGUCUGGGUCAGGGCAGUGUCAUUGUCACUGCUGGGGUGUGUAGUGUCUUUGCACUGGCCAGGAUGUGCAGUGUCAUUGUCACUGCAUGAAAUAUGCAGUGUUACUGUCAUUGCCCAGGAUGUGCAGUGUCACUGUUCAGGGUGUGCAGUGUCAUUGUCACUGCAUGAAAUAUGCAGUGUUACUGUCAUUGCCCAGGAUGUGCAGUGUCAGUGUCACUGUUCAGGGUGUGCAGUGUCAUUGUCACUGCAUGAAAUAUGCAGUGUUACUGUCAUUGCCCAGGAUGUGCAGUGUCAGUGUCACUGUUCAGGGUGUACAGAGUCACUGUCACUGCCCAGGACAUGCAGAGUCGCUGUUGAGGGUGUGCAGUGUCACUGUCACUGUUGAGGGUGUGCAGUGUCACUGUCACCACCCGGGAUUUGCAGUUUGGCUGCUCCUGCUGCAGUCUCCCUCUCAGAUACCAAAGAACAAAGGCUGCUUUGCAAAGCACUGCCCCACCCCCUGCUGCCUCCACCCCAGCACCGAGGGCAUCAAAGCCUUUCCCAAAAGUGGCACCGGGAUGAUUUCAGGCAAGGACCUGGGCCCUUCCUCAGAGAGCCCUUGGGGAAGGGGGUACUCUGUGCCCUAACAGGGCAGUUUUGAGGGGGCUGGAGCUUCACAGUGCCUGGUGGUGUCACCCCCGUGUCCCCCCAGGGCUCAGGGACUGGCCCAGUGCCCGUUUGGUGCUGGGAAUUGCUCUGGGUCUGUGUCCAGGCGUUGUGAGCUGACUCCUGACACCGACCUGCCCUGCUGCCACACAAGUGGGCUCAGUUUGAGGCUACUCUGGUCCCUGAAUUUCGUUUUGGGGGGAUGCUGUCCUUACCCCCCUCCCCAGCUUAGCACCAGCCCAGGCUCAAUCCCUGCAGUCAGGGCCACAUUUCACCUCCUUCCUUACCUCAACGUGAUCACCAAAGAUGGGGGAGCCCCCUGUGCCCCGCCAAGCCCUGCUGCUCUCCCCAGCUCUGCUUCUCUCCACCCCUGCAGCCUUCCCCAGGCCGGGCAGAGCCAGGCUCCCCCUCUCCACACCCUCCCCUAUUUAAAGCACUGCUCGCUUGGGGCCGAAUUCCCAACAAUGAGGGAAAAGGACGCCGGGAAAACCCAGCUCAAAGAGGUUUAAACUCAGGAAUAGCGAGGGGGAAUUCCCUGCUGGGCACCCUCUGCUGUCACCGGAGCCUUACCUGGUGGCUUUGACCUUAACUUUAAAAUAUAUGCAAUCUUCCCUCCCUGGUCUCUGGAAAGACAGAGGCCACCUUCAAGGAAUCCCUUUCCUGCCCCAGUCCCAUGUUUUUUUGUCAGGGUUAAUAAUAUGUAAUGUUACCUUUUAACUAAAUUAUUCUGCAGUUGUCCUACUGAUUGUAUUUUUAAUGAGUCCCUGUUUUCUUCCCUGACACCUUUGUGUUGGCACUUUUUAAUCUGCUUGUUGUUUGCCCUUGUUUCUAUGUAUAUUUAUAAUUAAGUUGUAUAUAUGUAAAGAGAUUUUUUAGACUAUGUGCCUUGGACUAAUAAUUCCUGAAUUUUCUACUUGCCUCGGAUAAUUUUUCAUUCUGCUCAGUAAAAACGGAACAGAAGCCA